AUGGCAGUUAGCGGGUUACCUUUACUAAAAGAGUCAGAUCCAACUCAGUAUGAUAGUGUAGCAAAGGUAUGGCUGCUUGCCACACUGUCGGGAGGAAAUGGAGUGGGCGGCUACCGGAUUAGGAGGGGAUUGGUUGAUUCAAGAUUUAAGAAAAAAGAUAUUUUAAACAUAUCCAUACCAAAGACGUGCAAAGUCAUCUCAAGAAGUAAUGAAGCUUUACCAUUAAGACAAGUGUCAAAUCUGUUAUAUGGCGUCACGAUAUGCUACAACAAGAAGGCUGAAUUUAUUUUGAAUGAUCUCGAUGCCAUGUUAGUGCAAUUACAAAGACGAUUAUUAUUAACUAACACUGGCAAGAGUACUGUCACUGUCAGAAGCACGGUUGCAAAUAACUCAACCCUAAUUAAUUUAAAUUCCAACAACUUUUUGCUCAGAGAUGACCCAUUGUUUAAAAUUGAUUUUGUUAAGAACUUUUCACUGGAUGAAAGUGAAAAGCAAUUAUCAGAUGCGCAAACAAUCAGAAAACAAGACUACAUUAAUGAAUUAGGUGGACUGCUAGUUCCUGCACAAACCAAUAGCUAUCAGAAUGUUAAUUUGAAAUCGAGGUUGCUGAAAAGACCUUACACAAUAGAUUCCGACGAUUUGGAAGAACUACCAGUUGAUGAAAGUUUGAAUUUAAACCUAGAAUUUGACGACAUAAUGAGUGAAUCCGAAAAGACAGAGUUAGGAAUAAACUCAAUUAACAAAGAUAUUGAUCUUGAUAUAAACAAACUUUUUCCUUCAGACAAGACCAGCCUAUUGGGUGCUAUAAGUGAAGAAACUUUCGAUUACUAUCAUAAUGAUGAAGAGGCAGAAGAGGAUUCUAAUCUAAAAGAUGAAGACACAUUAGAACAGCCACCCAGAAAGAAACUGAAACCAAAAAAUGUGUUUUCUUUUGUUAAGAUCAAAUACGAUGAUCGUAUUAGUAUCUCCAAUGAACAAAUAAGACGACAACAGGAAUUAUACAAAGAUCAUAUGGCAAUAUUGCAACGAAAAGUUGUAGAUAAUAGUGGGAAAAAGCUCUCCACAACAUAUCAGUUAAAGCCAUUCGAAGACUUAAUAGUGAAUAGCAAAGAAACUGAUAUUAUGAUUCGAGAAAAACAGCAGGCAAAAAAACCGAAUGAACUUUUAACAAGUUUGAAUGAUUUGUUUAGUAUCGAGGAGGACAUUGAGAGAGGUCGUAGAGCAUCUUCAGACAGACAAAGUAGUAAGUCCCGAUCACAAAGUCUAAGAAGUGAAGAAAUAGGGAGGAGAGUAGAUAGCUCAAAAAUCCUUGAUAAUUCCACAGCUGACAAUGAGAACAGUUCCUCCUCACACUUAAUGAUUAAUUUGGAACAAAUAGACGAAGACUAUGAGACAAAUGAUAACAGCUCAGAGUUUUCUGAAACGGAUAGGCACAAUUUUUUGAAUUUAGACCUUCAAGUACCACCUUCUAGCUCGGGUAGACCAUCUAGUUCUAUUCGAGAUAUCGUAGACAUAUUGGAAAGUAAUACCAUGCACCCAAGGAUUCGCCCUCGUCAAUAUACCACUGAUUCAGAAAGAAUAGAUGAACAUAGCAUAUACACAUCAGAAUUGAAUAAUAUAGAAAGUACAGCCAGUGACCAAUAUCCUAGAUCAACUCUAAAUGUUCUAGAUAUUCAAGCGAAGAGGUUCUAUGACUUCCUCAAGCAAAGAAUGGAGGAAAUGGGCACUCCAAUAGCAAACUCAGCUAGAUUUAAGAAUAAGCUUUCUCUCGAAUACAUUAUCCCUGGUAGAAAAGCAAUGAUAGUAGACGACGGUCAUGAUGGCCAUGUAGAAAUUGUAUCCAAGUCUAUUGCUGCUAAUGUCUUUUUUAGUUUGCUGACGCUAGCCACACAAAAUCUUGUCGGCCUUAAACAACGUCAUCAAGAAAAUAUGACACAAGGAUUUAUGAUUCCUUCUAGUUCUGAUAUAAUUGUAUACGCAUGA